AUGCGCCGCGAAAGAAGUAAUCGCCAGAAUAUCAGAGUAGCUGUUCGUUGCAGACCCUUUAACAGUCGUGAGGAGAACUUGGGAGAUUUCAGCAUUGUCGAGUCAUGCAAGGAUCAGCAAAUUGUACUAAAAGAUAAAUCAACUUCUUUACGGUCUUACACUUUCGAUCGUGUUUUCGGACCUCACUCUAAGCAAAAGGAUAUAUACAAUGACAUGGUUGCGCCGACUGUUGUUGAGGUAUUAGAGGGUUACAACUGCACAAUUUUUGCUUAUGGUCAAACCGGUACCGGAAAAACUUAUACCAUGACUGGUGAGAGAUCGGAUUCACUACGUUACACUUGGGAGACUGAUCCCACCGCUGGAAUUGUUCCCAGAGCUCUCAAUCAAAUUUUCUCCACGUUGGAAGCAAUGGGCUGUGAUUUUUCUGUUCGUGUCUCCUUUUUGGAGCUCUAUAAUGAAGAAUUAUUUGAUUUGCUCUCAUCUGGCGAAGGAACUGUUCGACUUGCAAUAUAUGAUGACUCAAACAAAAAGGGUUCAGUUCUUGUAAAGGGACUGCGCGAAGUGGCUGUACAUAACAAAGAUGAAGUAUAUGGUAUUCUUGAAAAGGGUCUAAUUCGUCGACAGACAGCCAAUACUCAGCUUAAUGCUCAAUCAAGUCGUUCUCAUACCGUCUUUACUGUUACAGUACAUAUUAAAGAGAGUUUCCCAGAAGAGGAUGAAGUUUUCCUCAAGAUUGGAAAAUUGAAUUUGGUUGAUCUUGCUGGUAGUGAGAAUAUAGGCCGCUCUGGUGCACUGGAUAAGAGGGCUAGAGAGGCUGGUUCAAUUAAUCAAAGCCUCCUCACCCUUGGCCGCGUUAUUACUUGCUUAGUGGACCACAGCCCCCAUAUUCCCUACCGUGAAAGCAAACUCACACGUCUUUUACAGGACUCGUUAGGUGGUAAAACUAAGACCUCAAUUAUUGCCACUAUCGGACCUGGAAUUUCAUCUUUUGAGGAAACAAUAUCGACCCUGGAUUACGCUCACAGAGCAAAGAACAUUCAGAAUCGUCCAGAGAUUAACCAAAAGCUUAACAAGACUCAGUUGAUCAAAGGUUAUAACGAGGAAUUGGAACGUCUAAGACGGGAUCUUGAAGCUACUCGUUCCAAAACGGGUGUUUUUAUCGAUUCUGAUAACUAUGCAGCUAUGACUUUACAGUUGAAGCAGCAAAGAACUCGUAUUGAUGAUUUGGAGAGCAGAAGAGAGGUGCUAGAGGCAGAUUUGGAUGCGGCAUUUAAAAAUUUUGAACUUACCCAACAGGAAUUAUGUGAAAUCAAAGAUGUUAAAGAGGCAAUCGAAUCUGAACUGAAUAAAGCAAAUGAGGAUUUAAGGUCUACAAUGGAGAGGCUUGAAGAAACGCAAAGGAGGCUGAAGGAGGAGAAGUACUUGCGAACGGAGUACCAAAUCACCGAAGAGAGGCUAGCUGAACGGACAAGGGACUUGAUCUCAGUUGCCAGUACAUUUGAAGCAGAUAUUGAGGGUCUGCAUGGCAAAAUUGAUCGUUUCAAAUCGCUUGAGCUGAAGAACCGGUCGGCUAUUCAACAACUUCCUGAGGGAUUUUUGGCCGAGAAUCUUAAAAAACCACUUGAGGUGGUUUGCACUCUGGAGAAUGAUAUUUCGUCUGAGAUUGAGCAGCUAUCGAAUCAGCUAGUUGUGGUUCUUCUAUCUGUGUUUCUAGGAGAUGCAUGCAAGCAGUUACAGGCUUCAAAUGAGGCAAAUUUGAGAGAGGUCGAUCAACUCUCCUCUGUCCUCGCUUCUAUAGUUUCAUCAAAUUUGAAAAGGUGUGUCAAUGGUGUUGAGAACUUAGUGAAUACUCAGGUCGAAACUGUCACGCAAUUCCGCGUUAAUACUAUGGAUUCAGCCCUUGAUGUGGUUAACAAUCUAGGCUCUGAAUUACGGGAAAAUCUUGCUGCUAUACGUCAGAGGCUGCUUAAUGAGAAUAAAAUCCUCUGCAAGAUAUUCGACGAUAUCACAACCAAAACCGUCAAGCUGUCGAAAACUGCUGAAACUUGGUCUACUUUUCGCAAUGAGACUAUUAAGGAGAAUAAUAAAUUAAGUGUUGAAUUGAAGGAUCGGGGAAAAUUGAAGGAAUCAGAGGCUAAUGCCCUUGUGGAAUCUCUCGAAGAAGCUUUGAAGCACGCCAAAUCCCUAGUCAAAACAGACGUGGAAUCUGACUUAAAGAUAGAGGAAGCCCUAGCUGCACAAUGCAAUCAUAUCCGACAGUUUGCUGAUAGAGAAGAAAAGGUCGUCACUUCAGUUACCAAUGAAUUACUAACGCUAAUAACCUCUGCUAAUGAUGGGCAAAAGGCUUCUGUGUCUACUACAAUUACCGACUUGGACAAUUGUGUGGCUAAUUUGGAUACCUUGAGUAAAAGUGUCAAAGAUGCUAGUGAUACCUUUGAUAUUUUGACCGAUCGUACUUCCCAAACUGCUAAAGAAUGUAUGCUUUCAUCCCAUGGUCUUGGCAAACAACUCAAAGAUCAGUGCGCUCAGUGGGAGUCCAUUAGUUCUGACGCUAAUAUCUCCGACGAGAUUACUUCCAUCUCCUUCUUUGCUCAAACUGUCGAUGGAGUAAAGGAGCGCUUUACUAGGAUUAAGUCUACUGUCGAAAGUGCCAUGGGGAAAGUUGGAGAUGCUGUAGCUUCUGUAGAGGCUCGAAUUCCGGUGUUUAAGGAGAUACGCAGUGCACUGGUUCCACGUCUCCCUGUCUUGCUUUCUGAUCAUCUCUCGGAGGCAAUUCUGGAUUAUAGCCCAACUGGUGAGACUCCGUCAAGAAAGAAUUUGCCCUACCCGAAAAGCAUUCCUCGCACUGAGCGACACAGUAUUCUGCUUAGCCAAUUUCGAGAGGAUUAUGGAACUCUUCCACUGGCGGAUGUCUCAAAUGUUUUAAGUGCAGAACGUAGAAAAGGCGAUGGGUCUUCGAGUGUGUUGGCAUCUGAGGAAGAGAAUUCUGCUCUCAGUUUUAGAUCACGAACCAGUAGUGGAGUUGGUACAAUUUCUCCGAUAUCCCUUCCACUUCAGUCGUCAGUGGAGGACCUGCCAAAGGGUGUGAAAAGAGCUACCCCAAAGGGUGAUACAAAUUCGGAGCUCGGAACGCCUAUCGAUAAGGAAGGAAAGAGGAUCUAA